UGCAGGUCGCCUAGCGACGGUGUAUCUGAUCCUGGAGAGGCGCGAGCUCCGGGGGCGCAGAGGGUGCGGGGUCUCGCCUGGCAGCGCCCCGGUGCCAUCCGCAUCGCAGCCAGAUGGGCAGCGGCUUCCCUGCUUGCUCCAUGGGCCGGGAAUGGGGCGAUGCUGCGGUGAUCGCUGUAGGCUUGUGGCAGGGCUGUAAACACUAGUGUGUGGAGCAGUUUCUUUGGGCUUAUGAUUAUCGGAUGACUCUGGUGACUGUAGUUACAGCCUCCCUUCGUGCCAGGACAGCUACCCCAUAUCGCCUUUCCUAGGUCACUGUCAGGAGAGGGAGUAGCCAGCGAAGCAUCAGUUAUUUCUGCAAGAACAAUUUUAUCUGUGAUCGGUUGAGAAGGAUUGCGUGUCUGGAACAUCAAAGCCCCCACAAUGAAGCACUUCCUGAGGAUUUCUGCAAGCAAGAAUUCAUUUUUAUUAACAAAAUAAUAAUUGAAAACAAAUUUCAGUAACUGUUCAUACCAUUCUCGUUGUAAAGAAGACUUCCACUAUCACAAGGUUAAGAUGGACGAGUAGUAUAACAUUACAGAAUGUUUGUCCAGGUGUGCCUGUACUUCUACUGUAAAUGUUUGUGGCGCUGUCUGAAAUUUGUGGUGAGGAAAUUAACGGGAAGAUGUGAAUUACAAAGGAUCUGUUACAAUAUCAAGCCUGGGGCCAGCAGAACUAUGAAGAUAGAGACAUCACUGAGGGGUUCAAAAAAUAAGCUGCUGCAAACUUCAGUAAGUGUUCAUCCAGAUGCCAUUGAAAAAACUAUAGAUGACAUCAUGGAACUGAAAAAGAUUAAUCCAGAUAUAAAUCCACAGUUAGGAGUAUCUCUUCAGGCCUGUCUCCUACAGAUUGUAGGGUACAGAAAUCUGAUUGCAGAGGUUGAAAAGCUGCGCAGAGAGUCAUAUGAUUCAGAGAAUCCCCAACAUGAAGAGAUGCUUCUAAAGUUAUGGAAAUGUUUGAAGCCUGAUUGCCCACUGGAAGCUCGGAUUUCGAAGCAGUGGUGUGAAAUUGGUUUCCAAGGAGACGAUCCUAAAACAGAUUUUAGAGGGAUGGGCCUCCUGGGAUUAUAUAACCUGUUAUAUUUUGCCGAACGGGAUGCUGCAGUAGCUCAGCAAGUUCUUUCUGAUUCUCUUCAGCCGAAAUACAGGGAAGUCACUAAAGAGGAGCUAAGCCAAUUCAGCAAAGCUGAAUGGGAGAAGAAAAAGUUUGAUAAGGCAAUUGGCUACUCGUUUGCUAUUGUUGGCAUUAACAUAACUGACCUUGCAUACAACCUGCUUGUGAGUGGUGCGCUGAAGACCCAUUUCUACAAUGUUGCUCCAGAGGCUCCGACGUUAUCCCAUUUCCAACAGACUUUCUGCUAUUUGGUGCAUGAAUUCCAUAAAUUCUGGAUUGAAGAAGAUCCACUGGACAUAAUGGAGUUUAACCGUGUGCGAGAGAAAUUUCACAAGCGAAUUUUAAAACAGCUCCAGAAUCCAGACAUGGCUUUGUGCCCUCACUUUGCUGCCUCAGAAAGCUUAAUCAACAUGUAGUCAUUCACUUGAUUUGAUUUGAGAACACUGCCUCACUCUUCUCUUAGGUCACACUUUAGAUUAUCACUAACAUAUUGAAUGACCAUGGCGAUUGUAUGCAUGCCUUUUGGUGCAGUAUUCAUCUAUUUUUGUCAUAAACAUUAGAUCCCCUUACACGUCUCUUUCCAGGGGAUUUCUCAUUAAAUGGGUGCUCAUAUUGCGGCAUUAUGCAGUGUUACGUUCUGAAUUGAUGUCCAGGUAUCAAGAGUUUUCUAUUUUUUUAGACCUUUUUUCCCAUAAUUCGGCAUUGAAGAACUGUAUUUCUCUAGCUGUGUUUUGUAUAUGUGGAAUAAUUAUCUGAAUCUUGUAUUGUGAAAGCCUUUUAACUUAUUGAUCUGUUUUGUGAUAACUACUGACAUUUCAAGCAAAGUACAUGUUUGGACUUCAUCUAGAAGAUAAUGUAUGUAACUUUAAUCUAAUGCAGAAAAACACAUUAAAGACCAAUUUUUUCCAUGCA